GAGAAACAUUUUGUCUUCUCUUGCACCAAAGCGACACAGCUCCCCCACCGACUCUGCAGCUUGAGGACAUAACACUCUGUCCUAAGCUGCCCCGAUCCUCUCCAUCCAUGACGUUGCCUAGAUGACAUCUGGUGCUUUACAAGCAUGGGACAAGGCUUCUCCCUCACAACGCUCUCCGCGGGCUCUGCCGGCAUCGAUGUCCCAGAGCUCGCGGACUUGGUGUAUGAGAAGUCCAUGGGAACUGCGCGGUUUAUGAAAAGUAUCCGGGCUAGGCAUCAGGAUGGUGUGGUCCUUGUCAAAGUCAUUGUGAAGCCAUAUCCCAUGCGUUUGGAGAAAUACAAGCGGAAGAUAAUUCAGGAAAGAAAAGCCUUAGCAGAUGUACCUAAUGCUCUUGCCUACCAGCGAAUCAUCGAGACUGAGACGAGCGGAUUCCUUGUUCGGCAAUACCUCUACAGCUCACUCUACGAUCGUAUGAGCACGCGACCUUUUCUGGAAGAUAUUGAAAAGAAAUGGCUUGCUUUCCAGCUGUUAUGCGGCAUCCGAGAUUGUCAUGCUCGGGAAAUCUUCCAUGGCGAUAUUAAGACUGAGAAUACACUAGUCACCUCGUGGAACUGGUUAUACCUGUCGGACUUCUCUUCCUCGUUCAAACCCACCACUUUACCAGAGGAUAAUCCUGCCGAUUUCUCCUACUUCUUCGACACUGCUGGACGAAGAACCUGCUACCUUGCACCAGAGCGAUUUCUGGCUGCCGGUGAGACUCCAGAUCCAAAGGCACAGAUUACUUGGGCUAUGGACGUCUUCAGUGCUGGGUGUGUGAUUGCUGAACUAUUUCUGGAGGCACCUAUAUUCAACCUGAGCCAGCUUUAUAAAUACCGGAGAGGGGAGUACGAUCCUGUGGCGACACACCUUAGCCGAAUAGUGGACAGCGAUGUCCGAGAGAUGGUUGCACACAUGAUACAAGUUGAUCCCGAAUCUAGAUACUCAGCAGAGGAGUAUCUCGAUUUUUGGAGGAAAAAGGUCUUCCCAGACUACUUUUACAGCUUUCUGCACCAAUACAUGGGUCUCAUUACCGAUCCAUCUUCUGGUCGAACCCCUAUCUCAGGAGCCUCAGCCAACCUCGGAGAGGCGGAUGAGCGAAUCGACCGCAUAUAUUAUGACUUUGACAAAAUCUCUUAUUUCUUAGGAUACGAGAAUGAGAAGAGAGUCAUUGCGAAAUCUACAUCUACAGCGUCCGGUCUAGAACUCUUCCCAGUUCAUCUAAACAUCCCGAAUAACGAACAUCAAGCUUCUACUAUUGGCAGGAGGCCGACCGAUGAUGGGACGCUUAUUUUCCUGGCCUUGGUCGUGUCAUCUAUUCGGAAUACUGCAAGAGCCACAGCGAAGAUAAGAGCCUGUGAUGUUCUUUUGGCCUUUUCUGAACGACUGACCGAUGAAGCAAAACUGGACCGAGUUUUACCCUACUUGGUCGCUCUGCUGAACGACAAAGCCGAUAUUGUGAAAGUUGCCGCGAUCCGUACUUUGACUCAGCUUAUGGCACUCGUCACAGUCGUAUCACCUGUGAAUGCCCACGUUUUCCCAGAAUAUAUCUUGCCUCGCAUGCAAGCAUUUCUCCCAGGGGCACCAUCUGAGCCUGCAUCGUUUGUUCGGGCAACCUAUGCAGCUUGUUUAGGGAGUCUUGCGACUUCAGCCUCGCGGUUCUUGGAUAUGGUGGCCACGUUAAGGGCAGACGGCUCCUUGCCCACGGCGGACCCAGAGACUGAAGACGGCGGCGGCGCUGAUGCAGCAUUUCAGGGACUGUUCGACAAUUCCCGCGCGGAGCUCAUUGAGACCUUUGCAAGUCAUACCAAAGCGUUGAUCACAGAUGGCGACUCCUCCGUCCGAAGGGCUUUCCUUGGCUCCGUGCCGGAACUUUGUAUGUUCUUUGGAACCGCGGACUCAAACGAUAUCAUCCUGAGCCACUUAAAUACCUAUCUCAAUGAUCGGAACUGGAUGCUCAAGUGCGCCUUCUUCGAGACCAUUGUAGGGGUUGCUACAUUCUUGGGUGGCACAAGCCUAGAAGAGUUUAUUUUGCCCUUAAUGGUCCAAGCACUGACCGAUCCCGAGGAUUUUGUGGUGAAGAGUGUUCUCUACUCUCUCGCCAGUAUGGCACAGCUAGGUCUCUUUCAACGAGCAAAGACGUGGGAGCUUGUCGAUGUUGUCGGAAGGUUUACCAUGCAUCCCAACAUCUGGAUCCGCGAGGCCGCAGCCAUGUUCCUCUCCUCUGCGACUCUUUUCUUAUCAAUUGCCGACAAUCAAUGUAUCGUCCUGCCACUGAUUAGACCGUACCUUAAAAUGCCCAUCAAAGACUUUUCGGAAGUAGCGCUGUUGGACAACUUGAAGAAGCCUCUAUCCCGUGCCAUUCUUGAUCUUUCCGUAACAUGGGCUACCAAGGUCGACAGAGGGAUAUUUUGGAAACCGGUGCACCAACUUCGAACGUUCUCAUUUGAUUCCAAUAACCUGAUCAUACCAACUAUCUCUGGCAAGGAUCUCGGACAUCACGCGCUCCAGAAAGUACCUAAAAAUGAAGAAGAUGAGCAAUGGCUAUCAAAACUCCGAAACAUGGGACUUACGGCAGAAGAUGACUUCAAGUUACUCUGUUUGAGAGAGUAUAUCUGGCGGCUAGCCCUGUCGAAGGCACGGGAAGCCACACCUCAUCCGUCAUAUCUGAACAAUGUCGUCAAUUUGCGCAGUAUUGGGAUCACUCCGCAGACAGUCAUGUUCGAUGAUCAGCAAAUCAUGGAUGAACCCCUCCGCCGCAUCAACAGUGGUUCUGAUGGAAGCGAUAAAGUACCACAUACCAUCGCAGAUGCACUGCUCGACGCCUCUAUGUCAAUCGAUGACUCGAUUGCGAGGAGGCGUCGCUCUGCUUUUAACAACCACAAAACGAGGUUGACUACUGAAGGCGGAACUUUAGCAUCCGCCUCAAAUGAGCGUGAUGGAAAAUCCCCCGUAUCACCAUCUCCCGCACUCUCACCGUCCCCGAAAGAUAUAGAAUCUCCAGGAACAGAUCCAGAACCUCGUCGCCGAUCCUCCGCUCAACUGAAUGGAAGAGGCAGAGGUAGCGAUGAUGAAGGAGCUGACACAGGAUCAAGCGUCAAUUCUCGAGAAGUUCACCAUGGUAUCCACCAUAAGAUCAGUGCAAUGAAUCUGAUGAGCCGCAAAGAUACAGCAAAGUCUUUCCCUGAAACUGGUACUACUUCCACGAACGCGUUUGGCAAAGUUGAAGGUCCAUUCACGCAAAAUACGGGCAAACCGUCUGCAUUAUCGUUAGCAAAGGAGCAGAAUACUGCUGCCGAGGAUCGAAUUCGAUUUAGAGGGGCUCAUACAUACACCGGAAAUGAUCCAAGCAUACUAAAAAUGCUAGAUGCGAUGUACAUUGACAACUAUCCUAACGACAUCGCUGAGUUUGGGCCUAUGAUUGCACCUUCCAGUCGACGAAAGACCAUCAACAAGAGUACGAGCCAAGCGCCUGACAGACCCUGGAAGCCGGAAGGCAUUCUGGUCGCUACCUUUGCAGAACACACAGGGCCUGUGCACCACAUUGCAAUUGCCCCUGAUCAUCUCUUCUUCCUCACAGGUGGCGAUGAUGGCUGCGUCAAGGUUUGGGACACCGGGAGACUUGAGCGGAAUAUCACUCAUCGUUCAAGAGCAACACACAAACAGGGAAGCGAUCCAAGAAUUACGGCGUUAUGUUUUGUAGAGCACACUCACUCCUUCAUCAGCUGUGCUAGCGAUGGAAGCAUCAACGUGGUUAGAGUCGAGUGUUCUCACAGUAGCGGGGCCGUGAGAUAUGGAAAGCUACGAAUGUUGCGUGAAUACCAACUCCCUAAAGGUGAAAUGGCUGUCUGGUCGGAUCACUUCAAGAUCGAAACCAGUUCCACCCUACUGGUCGCGACAAAUCGAUCUAAGAUACACGCGAUUGAUUUGCGGACGAUGGAUGUUCUUUACACUUUAGACAACCCGGUUCAUCAUGGCACACCCACCUGCUUCGUUGUAGAUCGAAAGCGUCAUUGGCUGUUGCUCGGUACUUCUCACGGCGUUCUGGACCUUUGGGACCUGCGCUUCAGAGUUCGUCUGAAGGCUUGGGGAGUACCUGGAGCCACAACCAUUUAUAGGAUGUGUCUGCACCCAACCAAAGGGCGGGGCCGAUGGGUUUGCGUUGCAGGAGGUAGUGGUCAGGGGGAGGUCACAAUAUGGGAUAUUGAGAAAACACAAUGCAGAGAGGUCUACCGUACAGGGGGUAAUCGCGAUGGCCCGAAAGGUUACGAUCCAUGGCCAGUUGAUGAAGACCGGCCCGAAGGGAUGUUGGGGCGCUUUGCAACCGCCUUGGAGCCCAGUGGAUCUAGCAAUUCCGAUCGAGGGAUCCGAGCCAUGAUUGCAGGCACAGACAAUCACGACGACAGCCGCGAAUCAAAAUAUGGAUUUAUAAUUACUGGAGGAUCGGACAAGAAGAUUCGAUUCUGGGACGUAACGCGAGUAGAGAACUCCAUGGUCGUUAGUGGACUUGAUACAGAAGAGCCGAAACCAACUUUCACUACCGCGCACCCAACUGCUUCAUUGACCCUCAAUACGGAACGUAUCCCACGGCCAAAUCCAACGGCUCCAAAUGCAGGAGCUAGCUCACGUGUGUCAACUACGAGCAAAGCGUCGAGUGGGAGACCGCCGAGAUCGACAGUGAUCUCUCUUCAGCAGCAACAGUUGCUGAAGUCGCAUUUGGAUUCGAUUCUUGAUAUUGCUUUACUAGAAUCGCCUUAUGGAAUGAUGGUGUCUGUGGACAGGUCUGGUGUUGUAUUUGUUUUCCAGUAAGAAGUUAGGAUGCAUGGAAAGGAGUUUAUGGGUGUUCAGAGGUCAUGUUGCGGCGUCAGGAUUACCCAGGUAGAUUUACGGAGACUCGGAUUUGAUCUUAUUCUCUGAACAGCUUGAGAACAUAAACCAAAGCAACUUUCUUAAAGUCUCACUCCUGACACAAAUAUAAACAUCAUUCACUGACG